AAGGCUCAUAUGAUAAUUGGGUUUCCCGUACACACAUACAUACCACCUAAUUCUAACCACACACACUUCGCCACUGCAACCACUGCAACCACUGCUCUCCCUAUUACCCUUCGCCACAAUACUUGGUCUCUCCCACUCAACAUAUUAUUUUCAACAGGCCAUUUUGUAAUUUUACUAUAUACAAUCAAAUAUGGGAGUGAUGACCUUGAUUCCAAGCUGUAGCUUUUCUUGCAACUAUCACCAGUAUCAUCAUCAGAUUAUUCCCUCACACACCUUAAUAGCUCAAUCCUCAAUAGAAAAUGAGCUUUCAAGAACAAAAGGGGCUGUUGGUUCAAGAGCAAAUUCCAGUUGUGUUGAUAAAGAAACUGAGAAAUUCUGUGGAGUUUUGAAGAGAAGAUCCGUUUUAUUAUCUGGGUUUUCUUUAAUUUCAUCAGCAGCAGUGAUGGGUUACCCAAAUGAAAGCCUGGGUGUGGUCAAACAAGGCCUUUUAGCUGGAAGAGUUCCUGGUUUGUCUGAACCAAAUGAAGAAGGUUGGAGGACAUACCAAAGACCAGAUGAAAAAUCAGGAGGCCAUGGAGUUGGAUGGAGUCCUAUAAUCCCUUAUUCCUUUUCUGUACCUCAAGAAUGGGAUGAGGUACCAGUAUCAAUAGCAGAUCUAGGAGGCACAGAAAUUGAUUUGAGAUUUGCAAACCCCAAACAAGGCCGAUUGUUCGUUAUUGUUGCUCCUGUUCUCAGAUUUGCAGAUAAUUUAGGUGAGGAUGCAAAGAUUGAGCAAAUAGGGCCACCAGAGAAAGUGAUAAAUGCAUUUGGGCCAGAAGUGAUAGGGGAAAAUGUGGAAGGAAAAGUUGUGAGUAUGUCUGUAACUGAACACUCAGGAAGAAAAUAUUACCAAUUUGAAUUGGAACCACCUCAUGUUCUCAUUACAGCAACUGCAGCUGGAAAUAGACUUUACUUGUUCAACAUAACUGGAAAUGGUCUUCAAUGGAAGAGACACUACAAAGAUUUAAAGAAGAUUGCUAAUUCCUUCAGAGUUGUCUGACUUUUCAGAUACUUGUGAAUUUGUAUACCAAAAAUAUGAAACUUUUUGAAUUGUAAUUAGAUUAUUGAUCAAAAUACAUCUAACUUAGAUGGGAUUUUGCAGGUCUUGAAUAAAAUUGAUUGUGAUUUUAAGAGA